UCUGUCCCCGGUCCGGCGACGAGGCGCUGCCGACUCGCCCCCCGGACUCGGCCCCAUGGAGACGCCGCCGCUCGCGCUCGUGGCCGGCGCGCUGAGGGGAACUGUGGAAGGCGCCUUCCGGGAGCCUGAGAUAUGAGCAACCCUUGUGGAGAGAGGCCCAUUCGGGAAACCAGUCCAGCCAUGAGUCUGUGGGGUCUUGAGGACAGCCGCAGCUGCCAGGGUACCUCCCAACUGGCCUCAGAGCUGGCUGCUGAGAAUGGCUCAGCUUCUUCAGAGCUGCAGAUGAAAGUGGACUUCUUCCGGAAGCUAGGCUACUCGGCCUCUGAGAUAAACAGCGUCCUGCAGAAGCUGGGUGUCCAGGCAGACACCAACACGGUGCUGGGGGAGCUGGUGAAGCAUGGUUCAGCCUCCGAGCGUGAGCGCCAGUGCUCACCAGAGCCCAGCCCACAGCCUCCUCUGGUGCCCCGCGGCGGGGGCAACCCCAAGGCUCCCACCAUUGAGCCCUCACUCCCAGAGGAGGACAAAGAGGGCAGUGACCUGAGACCAGUGGUCAUAGAUGGAAGCAAUGUGGCCAUGAGCCACGGGAACAAGGAGGUCUUCUCCUGCCGAGGCAUCCUGCUGGCUGUGAACUGGUUCCUCGAGCGAGGUCACACAGACAUCACAGUUUUCGUACCAUCCUGGAGGAAAGAACAGCCUCGGCCCGACGUGCCCAUCACUGACCAGAACAUCCUCCGGGAAUUGGAAAAGAAGAAGAUUCUGGUGUUCACUCCAUCACGGCGUGUGGGGGGCAAGCGGGUUGUGUGCUAUGAUGAUCGCUUCAUUGUGAAGCUGGCCUAUGAUUCUGAUGGGAUUGUGGUCUCCAACGACACAUACCGGGACCUCCAGGGCGAGCGGCAGGAGUGGAAGCGCUUCAUCGAGGAGCGGCUGCUCAUGUACUCCUUUGUCAAUGACAAGUUCAUGCCCCCCGACGAUCCCUUAGGCCGGCAUGGUCCCAGCUUGGACAACUUUCUGCGUAAGAAGCCACUCCCUUCCGAGCACCGGAAGCAGCCAUGUCCCUAUGGAAAGAAAUGCACCUAUGGGAUCAAAUGCCGAUUCUUGCACCCUGAGCGGCCAAGCCGCCCCCAGCGCUCUGUGGCUGAUGAGCUCCGUGCCAACGCACUCCUCUCACCCCCCAGGGCCCCAGCCAAGGACAGAAGCAGCCAGCGGCCUUCAUCUUCUCAGUCUGGCUCUCUGCCCACAGAGGGUGACCAGAGCAGCCUAGAUGAGAAGAAACUGAGGGCCCAGGCAGCCCCGGGGCCCCACCAAGAGGGGCAGACACAGAACUUUGCCCCAGCCAGGAGGAACCUCCCACAUAGCGUGGGCAGUGGUGGCAGCUUUGGGCCCACAGACUGGCUCGCACCAACCCUGGACUCCCUCCCUUACACCUCCCAGGAUUGCCUGGAUUCCGGCAUCGGCUCCCUAGAAAGCCAGAUGUCAGAACUCUGGGGCGUGCGAGGGGGAGCCCCCAGUGAGCCCAGUCUAUCUCGGGUCCCCUAUACUGGCUACCGUGCCUUUGGCUCAGAGCUCCCAGCUGUUCCUACCUUCCCUGCCUUUGGACAUGCUAUAGGUGCUGGCCACUUUAGUGUCCCUGCUGACUACAGUCCUGUGCCACCUGCCUUUCCUCCUCGAGAGUACUGGUCUGAGCCGUACCAGCUGCCCCCAGUCCUUCAGGAGCCCCAGGUCCCAGGCUCUGGGACUACCAGGGGCCCCUGGGACAGGGCAGGCAGUCUGGCCAAAGAGCGGGCCAGUGUGUACACCAAGCUGUGUGGUGUCUUUCCCCCACAUCUGGUGGAGGCUGUGAUGGGGCGCUUCCCGCAGCUCCUGGAUCCCCAACAGCUGGCUGCCGAAAUCCUCUCCUACAAGUCCCAGCAGCUCCAUGAGUAGGUCCGCUGUGUGGUCCACAGGGGCACCAGGCGGCUGCAGUCCAGAGGUCCGUUCCAGCCCCAAGGCCCUCUCUGCAGGCUGGACAGAGGGAGAACUAAGUAGGGACGGGAACCCCCAAACCAAAGAUACUGUAGGAUUGGUUCUGGCCCACCCAGCACCUCUGGCCAUCGCCUGAGUGGGUCAGAAGCGAUCACCCUGUUGAUACACAUUGUAUCUCUUGUCAUUUAAGGAGACGCUGCCUGUAAGGCUGUCGGUCUGUGGCUGAGGCCCAAACCCUAUUUUCUCUCAGGGCGGGGAAGGAGGCCUGGGGAAGCAGAGGCCCAGGCGGGGGCCCUGUGCACCGCCCCCACCUCCGCCCCAUCCCUGGGACGCCAGCUGUACUGGCUAGUUGGGCACCAUGUGCCUGUCCUCUGAGGCCCUCUUCUAAGCCAAUGAGGCCUCAUUGUGCUCUCAGGGCACGAGGCUUCAUGUCAGUAAGCAAGAUGCUUCUUAAUAACUCACCUCUGUCCACCUGUCCCUUCACCCCUGCUGGGGGUCCUGGGCCCUCUGUUUCUACCCUUGCCUUCCCCAGAAGUGUGAGGAUGUAUGUAUGCUAUGUACAGGUAUAAAUUUUGAAGUAUUCCAAGUGGGAAGUCCUCCCAUAAGACACCAAUAAAGAACCAUACGAGCCUUUUAGAGGUGGUCAUCUUUGUAUGUUUGGGGGUUCCAGGUGUUGCACUUGGGUGAUGGGCACUCACAGGCCAGCUGGCUGACCUACCUGUACCCAGGACACCAUGCCACAGUUUUUCCUUUAGAAGGAAGCUUCCCUAAAGCGUUUAGUCCCCUGAGGCUAGAGCACGUUUUUGAGGUCUUGGAUUGGGCCUUGAUAGAUGUGGGCCCACAGGCAGGGCUGAGGGCAGUGUGGGCAAGGCUCAGGCUGCUUCCCUCAGUCCUGGCUGAGUGGGGCUGGGGUGAGGAGCCUGGGGAGCUCGGCUCAGGCCCCUUCCUCCCAGAUGUUUGGAGCAGGGAGGGGAGCAUGGGCACAAAUGGCUUGGCCAGGUAAUGCCAGGGUGGCCCCUAGGAGAUGAGGGACCCUGGUCUGGCUCUGCUACUGUGUCACCUGGGCAAGUGACUGUCCCUCACUGGGCCUCUGUCUUAUCUAUGAAAGGGCACCUAGCUUUUGCAGGGUGGCCAUAAGGCUUACAUGAGCUCACGCAAGCCAAUGCCUGGCACUCAGCAGCUCCUCACUAAGAGGCCUCUAGUGUGACUGCCUGGGCGCCAAGUUCACAGGGCUUGUCCCUCUGUGCGCCACCCCGGACUUCUCAUCUAGACCCAAAGCAAAGAGGCCACACAGUGUUAUUCCCACCCAUUCUCCCCCUGAAACGGGCAUACAUGUUAAAAAUUUAAGUGAAAAUGAGGACUAUCAUAUGAUCCCCCAAAAAAUUAUCAGCUGGGUUAAAGUUUUUAAUUGUUAGAUCUUUGAACAUCUCACCUGAUUUGUGAAGCUUUCAUUGCACCUGUAUUUUCUUUUUUAAAACCUUUUGUGUAGCCUGUGGGAAACCAAGCCACACUGGCAAUCCCGCCUCCUCCUCUACCCUGAACACACUGGAGAAGCCUGUGCCCAGGGCAGGGAGCUGUGCAUGGAGGAAAGGGCUUUGACAAGCAUUAAGUUGAAACCUCCCACACCACUCUUCAAGGUGCCACUGUGCCUGCUGGUCCCAGCCUCCUCACAAAGUUUUCUGCACAAAGAAGUAUCUAUUUUG